GAGAGAGAGAGAGAGAGAGAGAGCGGAGAUGGGCUAGCAGCAGCGGCUAGAUUGAUGGGCCCUGUCAGGCAGGUACUAUAUAGGCAGCUAGAGCUAGAGGAGCUAGUAGAGGUAGAGUGAGCUCGCGGUGCUUGGAAGAGUUGGAGAUAGCGAGAGGGAGGGGGUGGCCGGCCGGCGCGCGCAAGUAGCAAUUGGGGCGAUAGAGACGCCGCAGCCUAGCUAGUGCACUCGCCAUCCAUCCGUCCGUCCAUCCAUCCGUCUGCGACUCUCUUUCGAGGAGGAGAGGAGAAGAAGCUCCCAGUCCCACCACAGCCUCAGCCUGAGCCUCCGCUGCUACUGCGUCAGAGAGAGUCGUAGCAUCAGCGCUAGUGGAGGAUUUUUAUUCCCCCGGAUCGGCGGCGUAGGAUCCGCUCAGCAGCCACUACGGGUAGCAGCAGUAGCUUCUAGGCGGCGGCCGGCGGAUUCGGAGGGGCGGCGGUAUUUUUAAUCCCGAUCCCCGCCGCGGAAUUCGCUGGGUAUAAGUGUGGCUUCGGGCCGGCGCUUCCCGUCCGACACCGGCGCCUUCGCGGACUGGGUCGCGUCCUCCGCCGCGGCCGCCGCCGCCGCGGGGGGCAGCAGGGGGGACGACCUCUCGCUCGGCUUCAAUGCCGGCGCCGCCGCGGCCGCGGCCGCGGCCGCCUCCGGCGCCGCGCUGGGGGCCGGGCUCUGGGGCCCGGCGUCCGCGUCCUCCUCGUCCCCCGCCUCGCGCCAGGCGGCCCUGAACUACGGCAUGGCGGCCGGCGACGUGGGGAUGGUGGUGGUCGCCCCUGCGGCCUCGUUCCACCACACGCACCACCAUCACCACCACCACGACGCGGCCGCCGCGGCCGCUGCCUCCGACGCCAUCUUCCCGCUGCUCUCCGCGGGCUCCUGCGUGCUCGACCCCGAGGCGGCCAAGGCCGCGGCCGCCAGCGGCGGCAUCCAGUUCUGGCAGUCCGCGCAGCACCAUCAGCAGCAGCACUCGCCGUCGGCCGCGGGCGGCGGCGGCGGCAACCCUAACCCUAGCCUCGGCCCCUUCUACCUCAAGAAGCCCUUCCCGAUGCUCGACACCGGCGGCGACGGGUCCUCCGGCUCCGGCACCACCACCUGCCAGGACUGCGGCAACCAGGCCAAGAAGGACUGCACCCACAGCCGCUGCCGCACCUGCUGCAAGAGCCGCGGCUUCGACUGCUCCACGCACGUCAAGAGCACCUGGGUCCCCGCCGCCCGCCGCCGCGAGCGCCAGCACCUCGGCGGCUCCGCCUCGUCCCCCGCCACCGCCUCCACCGCCGCGGGAUCGAAGAAGCCUCGCCUCCUCUCCUCCCAGCAGGCCACCACGUCGUACACCUCCACCUCCAACGCCACCACGCCGCGCAGCUACGACACCACCUCCAGCCAUCAAGACGCAUCGUUCAGGGGGAACCUGCCGCGGCAGGUGCGCGCGCCGGCGGUGUUCAGGUGCGUGCGCGUGACGUCCGUCGACGACGGCGAGGACGAGUACGCGUACCAGGCCACGGUGACCAUCAACGGCCACGUCUUCAAGGGCUUCCUCUACGACCAGGGCGUGGACGACGGCCGCGCCAGCAAUGACAUCGACUCGAGCACCGGCGGCGCCGUGCCCAACAUGUCCGAGCUCCACCUCGGGGGCGGCGGCAAUGCCGCGAGGGGAGGCGGGGGUUCCUCCUCGAUGGCGCCUUCCGACAUGUACGGCGGCGUUGGCGCCGGAGGAGCAGGCGGAGGGGGAGGAGGCCAGCACAUACUCGGCGGCGGGUCCAGCUAUGGUAACACCAUGAACUGAGCCGAGCUGCUAGAAGAGUAAGGUCACAUAGUAGAUCAUUACUACAGUACCAUUCUUUCCUUUCUUCUCUUCAUUGCUAGUAAGUACAAACCUGUCAACCCUCUCAUGGCCGGGGUGCAAUGCAAUGCAUGGUGUUCGCCAUUAAUUUGUUCAUGCUGUAUGACAUCAAGUGUUAAUCGUUCUUAGUCUAGUCCAGUCCAGUCCAGUCCUCCUAGUAGCACCAGUUCCUUAAUUUUCUAGCAGUACUAAUGUACUCUUAGAGAAGAAUAAUUGUCAAUUAGGAAUGUUAAACAAGAUAAUGCAAGAUGAAAUCAACACUAGUAGUACUUUGCACAAUGAA